AUGGUGUGCUGUGGGCUAUUGCUGUGGUGCUGUCUGCAUCUUCUCUCUGGCUGCUCGGGCAGGAGUUUUAAAGAAGAAGCUGGGCCCAUCCACUUGAAGAUCAGCAUUGUUGCAGAGAACAAAGACAUCCCAAAAUGGAAAAUAAAAGAGUCCGUUGCUAUUCUGCAGAAGAUAUACGCAGAUAGCAAGCUAAGAAUAGCAAUUACAUGCAGGAGCAUACAGUAUGCAAAUCUGCGGAGAUCUGACAGCAAAGACGAUGCGAAAGAGAUCCAAUCAGACUACAACCAGCACAUAGAAGGAAUAGUUCUCUUUGAAGGCCUUAAAAAAAUAGCAAAAAGGAUGAAAGAAAAGGGGAUGCUGCCUAACACAGGAGAUCCAAUAUUCUUCCUCCACAGCGAAGAGGAUACACGCGUGCAUGGAGCAUCUAUAGAAGGAGGAAUACUAAAGGGAAGCCCAAUAGCCGUUUGUUCGAUAAAAAAAAGAGAUACGUCGAAGGAAAUAGGAGAAACCAUGGCGCACGAGCUGGCGCACCUAUUAGGCAGUAAACACGAUGGCGAUGGGAACCUUUGCUCGUCGAAGGGAAAUCUUAUGGAGGCCGUCUACUCGAAUAGCGCACACAUAAAAACACUGAGCGAGUGUACAAAAAUAUCCAUAAAAAAUGAAUUGAAAAAAAAUGAAGCUAAAGCAGGCUAA